AUGGCUGCACCAUGUUGUAAUGUUGGACCACCAAAGCAUGUCUACUCGGCUAUUUUAAAGAAUUCGAGCGGUCAAGAUGUUGAACUCGAAAUUGAAUAUAUGGGCUCCAAACCGGAUCAUCGAGAAACAAUUAAGAUCAAUGUUCCCAAGAAUGGUUCACACAAAAUCGUUGAAAAGACCGUACAGAGUGAUGGCUGUGAACAAAGAAAAGUUCUUCAAAAGAUCACUGUGCAGUACCAAAAUGGAACGAAACAAGAACUCAAAGCACCUUUCGAAGGUGUCAUCUCACCUCAACAAAAUUGGCGAUUCGAAAUUGACCAUGAUCACAUCCUCAAAUCUUGCACAACGUGA